AUGUCCAGGAGGAAGCAGGCGAAGCCUCGAUCUCUCAAACGGGACGAAGAGUGGGACGAGGGCAACGAGCAGAAUGUCCUGGAGGCGGCCGAACAGGAUAACGAAACGACGGCGAUUAAGCAGGACGACGAAGAGGAGGAGGAAGAGGAGGAGCUGCAACGGGCGUUCAGCCGUCAGUCAGAAGAUUACUUGCAAGAUGCCAGGCCAACUUCUGUCCAAGGUCCCGAUUUGGAAAAUCAGAACAGUCUCGACAGCGAGGCCUUGGGAACCGGAAGUUCAUCAUGGCACAGCGAAGACGGUGGACCCAACUCGCGUCGCGGUGGAGAGACGCCGUCCUCAUGCGCGACGCCGACGUCGGCGAGUUUCCCGUCAGAACCCGAGGUGGAUGCCGACGUCGGUGGUAACCCCGACGGCAACAACCCCGCCGCUCCUUACCCCUGCCAGUUCUGCGACAGGACCUUUCCUCGACUCAGCUACCUGAAGAAGCACGAACAGAGCCACGGCGAUCAGAUGCCGUACCGAUGCAGUUGGUGCGCCAGACUGUUCAAACACAAGCGCAGCCGAGAUCGUCACGUGAAGCUGCACACCGGGGACAGGCGAUAUCGCUGCUCGCAUUGUGAGGCUGCCUUCUCCAGGAGCGAUCACCUGAAGAUCCACAUGAAGACGCACGACACGCAGAAGCCUUACCAAUGCACCGCCUGCUCGAGGGGCUACAACACAGCCGCGGCGUUAACAUCGCACAUGCAGUCCCACAAGAAGCACCAUCAAUCGUCCUCUCAGCCAACCGGCAAGCUUCACGACGUCGAUUACGGCAGACGGAGCGUCUCCUCUCACAGCACGUCGUCGCCACCGGUGCCAAGCUCGCCGUCACCGUCCCUGAAUCUCGGCCUGAGGAAAACUUCUCAGGGCAGCGCGUCCACCACGCCCGUGCUGAGCUCCCCCUUGAAACUGACCUGCAUGUAUUGCACCAAAGACUCCUUCAGUUGCAUGCAGCAGUUGCAGAUGCACGUGCACUCGAUGCAUCAGGCGAUUCUGAGCGGCGAGAGUCUGACGGUACCGCCGUCGCCGAGCGGGCCGAACGAGCAGGUUACCCCGCGCGACAAACCGCUGGACGGCUCGUCGUCGAAGGACGACCGGAAAUACCCGGAGGAUCGCGAGAGGGACCACUACGAGAACGCCUUCACGUGCAACCAGUGCACGAUGAAGUUCUCGACGCUGGGUUGCCUUCGCGACCACUUGCUGUCGAUACACCGGCUCGGCGCAUUCGGCGCGGCUAUGAUGAUGUGCCCGUUGUGCGGCAUCCCGUGUUCCUCCGCGGCCACCUACGCCGAGCACUACGUGCUCCAGCACUGCGAGAAUCGUCGGACCGUGCCGACGGAGUACGGAGAGCCGAAGGUGAACGGCGUCUACGACGGUGUCGCGAGGCUGCAGAGGAACAGAGACGUGCCGGCGGACCUCACGAACAAACACUCCGCCAGAACCGAUUCCGGCUACACCGCUGGUACGCUUCUGUGCGGCCAAUGCGGCGCCGCUUUGAAGGACUUCGAGUCCUUCCGGGAACACUUGGCGCGGCACCUGCAAGCUGAUCAUCGCAACGAGGUGUCGAGACACCCGUGUCCCAAGUGCGAAGCGAGCUUUCCCGACCGCGAAGACAUGCUGAACCAUCUGAUCAAGCACUACCUGGGCCAGGUGAGCAAAGAGUACGCCUGCGGCGCCUGUAAGAAGCUCUACCCGCAUCCCGACCUCCUUCAAAGGCAUCUGCUGGACAGCCAUGCGCACCAUUUGUACCGCUGCGCUCUGUGCCGAGACACAUUCGAUUCCCGGGUGGCGAUCCAGGUGCACUUCGCGGUGAAGCACAGUCAAGAAUGCCGGAUCUACCGGUGUAGCGCGUGCACCUUGUCCAACAACGAGAACUCGCCGGGGAACGCGCCCGGCGAGGGCAGGAGCUUCUUCAGGAGCGAGGCCGAGAUGGCGGCGCACGUUCGCAGCGUGCACGCGCCACCCGCCGCCCACAGCAGCCCGGGGUUGGCGAGGAGCCCCGCCUCGACACCGGGUAUUACCGCUGCGGCACGCUGCGUCUUCUGCGGCAUCUGCUGCAACUCGGAGCUCGAGCUGCAGCUUCACCUGGCCAGUCACUCCGCCAGUCUCUACAGGUGUCCUAUCUGCAAGGAGGGAUUUGCAGUGGAGUUCCUUUUGGACAGGCACGUCGCUCAGGCGCACGCGGGGGACCAUCAAGCGUCCGUCAGGAGCAGCUCGAGGGAGAACGGUCGGGUCCAUCGACCGGUCAGAAGUCAGGAGGAGUCGAAAUCUUUGAAGAGAGGCCGCUCGCCAGCGUCGAGCAACAAUAACUCCCUGAAUCAACGCGACAACAAUAACAAGCGAGCAAACUUUGGCACUUCCGGCGGCCAACAGUGCGAACUCUGCGAGCGUGGCGAGUUCGCGAACGAGGCCGAGCUGCAGGCGCAUAAGAAACUAGUUCACACGCCCUCCAAGUUGGCCAACAAGGGCUUACCUGCCCUGAGCAUGACCUGCGCGUACUGUGGCGAGGUUUGUCGUUCGCGCAGCGAACUCGAGUCGCACACCAGGAUCCAGCACGCGUCCAACGAACCCGGCGGACGUCACAAGUGCAACAUCUGCGACGAGGUGUGUCCGUCCGGAGCGACCUUGGCCGAGCACAAGCUCCAGAAGCACUGCAAGAUUCAGCUGAGCGACACCUGCGUGGUGUGUCGCGGUUGCCUCGCCUCGGAGAGCCAGUUCCUGGAGCACGUGCAGAGGCACAGCCUGGAGAACGUGGAUCCGCAGCAACGGUUGGAUAACUCGCUGCCUCACCUGCCGGCGCCGUGCGUGGUCUGCCGGCAGACGUUGAUCAGCGAUCUGGAGUGUCGUCUGCACGCCAGGCACCACUUGAGAACGUCGUCAGGGUCGCGCAGCGACGGAUCCAGUCCGGCGAGUCCCGCCGCUAAGAUCCAGAGCCCAGGUUGCUGCCUCUGUCUGCGGGACUUCGCAGCGGACGACUUCGUCAGCUUGCCACCCAACCAUGCCAGCGGAGGCGGACAACCGCUCAGGGUCUGCAAGUCCUGUUACGUGCGACAUUCUCAAGGACUUCCUAUCCUGAAUUCCACGUACGAGCAGCGAGCCAAGUACGAAGCGGCGUGGCUCGCGAGCAAGGACGCCCAAUGGGACAGUUCCAAGGAUAAGUUUCGGGAGAAUGAAAGGGGACUUAAAGCGGAAGGAAGGAAGGAAGGGAAUGCGGAUAACAAACGCUGCGAGGAAUGCGGGAUCAAGUUCGAAGAUCCUGAAGAGGCGGAGAAGCACAAAAUAGCUGAGCACGAAGGCAAUGAUGACUCGACAUAUUCUUUUAUUCAACGUCAAGUGUCCUGUCCGACCGAAGCCAAGGUCCAGCAACAUGUGAGAAAAGAGCACUUGGAAAUUUCCGCGAAAGUCUCAUUGGAAGCUUUGCGGUGUCAUUUGUGUUUAUUCGAGGCCACCAGUCCUUUGCAGUUGCAAAGUCACUUGAUAGAACACACGUUUGCCGGAUGUCCUGCCUUCAAUUGUUACAUCUGUCAGGCGCUUUUUACAGCCCCUAUUGGCCUUCAGAAUCACAUGGUGCAAGAGCACGGCCUCGGCGCGCGACCGUACGAUUGCUCCAAGUGCACGCUCAAGUUCUUCUUCACGACGGAGCUGGACCACCACGUUCUGACCUUCCACCGUCCAGGGGAGAACUCUUCGCCGGGCGAGAACGAGACGAAGGAACGCGACGGCAACGUGGCGGUGAAGGAGGAAGUGAUGCAGGUCGACGAGGAGGAAGAGGUGAACGUGGACGAUCGGCAAGAGGAAGAGGCCUCCGGACGUCACCGGGACGAGCGGAAGCUGAAGACGGAAGUCGACAGUGAGACGAGCACCGGCAAGGCGGAGUCGUGACUUCUUUCAAGAACAACCGAGAGACAGUCGAUGUUAAGUUUCCUUCCGAUCUAGGCUUAGUUAAUUCUUGGGAAUUCGUUGGAUAAAUUAUUAAGUUUGUUAUAUCGCGCUCUCUCCGUGUAGCACGCUGUUACACUCGGAUAUUGUGUUGACGUUUUCUACGGCGGUUCUCACACGAUUACAUUCUCUCCUCGUGCAGGAUUCCAAACCUGCCGGAACAUAGUCGGUGCACGAUGAAUGCAAUAAUUUACCGGAGCGGCGUCUUCUGUAACGAAGACCACGGCACAUCGAUGCACAAUUUGCCACACUGUAUUGUAGUAGCAUCACCAUAUUAUAAUACCGCCGCUAUACUACCGCUACUGCUAACAAGAAAUCGACCGGAGAGUAGGCGAUACUGACGAGAAAACGAUCGAAUAUCGUCCUCGGUUAUCCGGCCUACUACGCGCGAAGAUCCUCAUUGCGAAUGGCAUCGACUCAUAUCGAUAAUUGCGAACUUAGCGAAGUGUUACGAGACGGCUGGCCAAAAUUCCGACGGACGUCUAUGUGACGUCUGAGAGAUUGACACGCCCUUUAGACGUCGGCAUUACUCGUCCGGAUAGAUGAUGCUCUUCCCGAACACGUUGCUCAAAGUUCAUCGACGAUCUUGCGAACAGCGCCGACGAAGUUCGAUACAGUAUUAAUUAGACGAGAAAUUCGACCGCUCAUACUAUUCAUCUCAGAUGGUUAGUUUUUUACGCAUUGAUAAUAGGAACUUUGAUAUAAGACCGCGUGACACGCGGACAGGAAGGUGGUAUCUCGACUAUCGUCGAAGCGCCUUACCGAUUCCCGGUUAAGUCGAGUGCUUUUUACGUAACGUAGGUGCGUUCGUUUGCAUUAAGUUUGACGAGAUUAUGCGGUAUUUAUUUAUAGUUUCUCAAACGGAUAGCUUUAGGAUUACAAUUGUAACCGCGAAUACAAGUCCCGAUCCCUUGGUACGCGUUCUUUUAUUCUACUGAAUUUCACGACGAUGAUGCGACCGCGCGCGAGUGUCAGCUGGCUACUCUACCAAAAUUCGUCUGACUGCCAAAAUGAAAGCAACGUACGCGAAACGUGUACAUUUUAAAUGUACACGCAUAUUGUGCAUACAUAUACAAUAUAUACAGGUCUCUUAUAACGCUGUUAAAUUUAUGUUAUAUACGUUAACGCCUAAGUUUCGGAAAUUUGUUCUAAAGAAAUUUCCUAUGUUUCUAUGUACUAGGUAAAGCAUUGAAAGAAUUAUGUUUGCAAUGUUGGAUAAUUAUCAUCGUUUUCAUUGAGAGAAAAAAGUGGCUUUUGUCGGAGACUGAAUGUCGAAAUAAUUUCGCCAGCAGCACUACAACGAUAUCGUACAAUUAGAUGCUUGAAAGUUGCAACUUUCUUUAUAUCAGUAAGUUUCGCCUCAUCCUGCAUCUAAUAGGAAAAUAUAUCUCCUGAGAAUUUCUAAAAAACAAAUGAUCUAUUCUUUUUAGCUGAACCGGUUGCACUGAUUAAAAAAAUGUAUGCCUGCCGAAGCGUGAGUCUUGUACGUAUGUUUCAUACAUUUCAAUGUGUAUGUAAAUUUCUUAUACUAGUGUAGCCAGUUUAGCUAAAAAGUACAGGCAAAAUUGUUCUGUCGCAACACGAGUUGCGUUGGCAAAAUUCGUCGAGUGUUGCAACAUUUAAACAUCUGAUUGUAUAUACAGUUACACCAGUGACCGUAUGCAAAAAAGAAAUUUUCAUAAUAUCGUUAUUUAACACCAGCAUUACCACUAUUACUAUUAUAUUAUUGAAUAUUGAUAUGCAUAUUAUCAAAUUAAUCAGUUUUAUGGCACAUUCGUGAUACAUAUUUCAUAAAAAAGAUCACAAAAAAUGAUAUUGAAGUUCGGAAUUUUACAAUUCAUUAUGGUCGUGGUCUUUUUAAAACGUAAAAAAAAAAUACGCAUGAGCCUGCCCCUAUAAGUCCUUGAGCGUAUUCAAAAAAAGUUGCAAAUUAAUAUAUAUGACGUUUGAUGGAAGGAUCAAAAGGCGACAGGAAAAUAAAAAGCACGCCGAAAAAGAGAAGGUUAGGCGGAACUUUCCCAAUUCCAAAUCCUGAAAAACGACAUGUGCGACGGUGGGUGAGAGAAAGGGGGAUUUGUCGGUACGUCGCACGUCCGUCCCUAAAUCCUUCCAUUAUAAGUGAGUAAAGGGGAAUUUAUCGUAAAUCUCAGAGCAAUCAGAAAUUCAUUAAUUUAUCAUUUACUGUGCAAGAAACGCAACAUAUAUUUUCACGACAGUUCUAUUUCCAAGAUUAAAGGGAAUUGAUUUGAUUUUGCCAAGAUAUUUUUCGCACGACAUAAUCCUAAUUUGAUCAACCUGAAUUGAAUAAAUUUAGAUUUCAAUUACUUCUCCCCAUUCGUGUAAAUGUUUGAUUGCUCUGAGAUUCACAUUAAAUCCCACCUUCUUCGCGUUUAAUGGAAGGAUUUAUAGGCGAAUGUUUGACACACCGACAAGCUCACCCUUCUUUCACCCGCUGUAACCGAUGUCACUUUUCGGGAUAUUUAGAAUUAAAGACACUCUCUUUUACAUUAGAAAUGUAGACAAUGGAUGAGGGUGAGAAACUUAUCAAAUUAUACGGGAGAUUUACUUUCAUUGAAAAUCUUUCUAUUAACAUAUUUCGUGCCGCACCAAAUUUACUUUUCAUUCAUACCACCGAUGAAUCACGUUAUGUUUUUAUAUCUGUUAAAUAAUAUGUGUCUUAUAAUAUUUAUAAGA